UGGUGUCGUAUAAAAGAGAGGAAAGACCAGGCAGAAUCAGUUACGCGGGAACGGGCGCUCCCCGCUGCGAGUUCAUGCGCCUGCCUUCCGCAUUCUGUCAGCCGAACGGCCUGUGGCUCUACCAAACCAGCAGCCCCGCCCCCUCGCUCUCCCAUUGGCCGUCAUUUGCAUCAUAUUAACAUAACGGCCUGAAAUUCUAAGCUUCGGGGCUCCACGGUCUACUGCUGCCGCACUCUGAUUGGUCACCGUUGCGCACGUCUGCGUUAAAAAUCACUCGCUCAUGAAUAUUAAAAAGAUGUGUUGCUCUAAUCCCCCACAAUUGGCUGCUGGACUGCCUGUCUACUCUCCGACUCACAGGCAGCAUGUUAGGUUUCCUCCUUCUCUUGAACCCGCAACUGUGAGCUGCUGUACCGUGGAGGCCUGAAUGGAAAUCAAAGAUUUUUAUGUUGGGAGCAGACAUCUAAACAAUUAUAGUGAUCUGGAAUUGCACUUCUGAGAAGCGUAAUUAAUCAUCUGGAGAGGCACGGCGGAGAGAGGGGUGCGAGUGCCGCGGUCUGAGCCGGGAAGUGAGGGCUCGCAGGUACAGGGCACACCGGUCCGCACCUCAGCGGUGCUCGGCACACGGACACUGCGGCACACAGCCCCCUCUGCCGCCCCCGAUCCUCGCUCUGCGCCGCCGGUCGCCUCCUCGUCGCCUGCCCGGGUCGGAGCGCUCAUGCGGCGGGGCGUCGCGCUGUGGGCUCCCGGGCUGGCGGUGGCCGUGCUGUCGCUGGUGUGGGAGCCUUGCGGGGCGGACAGCGGGGGCGCCAGCCUCGCCGACCGGGUCAUCUGGGCCGUCAACGCCGGCGGAGACGCGCACACAGACGUCUAUGGCAUCCAUUACAAGAAGGACCCCCUGGAGGGGAGGGUCGGGAAAGCCUCGGAUUACGGGAUGCGGUUGCCGAUCCUGCGGUCCAGCCCGGAGGACCAGGUGCUGUACCAGACGGAGCGCUACAACGAGGACACCUUCGGCUAUGAGGUACCGAUCCGGGAGGAGGGCGAGUACAUCCUGGUGCUGAAGUUUGCCGAGGUCUACUUCGCACAGUCUCAGCAGAAAGUGUUCGAUGUGCGGCUGAACGGCCACGUGGUGGUGAAGGACCUGGACAUCUUUGACAAGGUCGGCCACAGCACUGCGCACGACGAGGUCGUGCCCCUCUCCCUGCGCAAGGGCAAGCUGAGCGUGCAGGGGGAGGUGUCCACCUUCAACGGCAAGCUGACCAUCGAGUUCGUCAAGGGCUACUACGACAACCCCAAGGUCUGCGCGCUCUACAUCAUGAAGGGGACGCUGGACGACGUGCCAAAGCUGCAGCCGCACCCCGGGCUGGAGAAGCGCGAGGAGGAGGAAGAGGAGGAGGAGUACGGGGAGGGAGGGGAGGAGGGGAGGAAGAGCACAUCCUCCACCCCCAAGCACCGCGUGCAGUCGGGCCCUCGUACCCCCAACCCGUACGCCUCUGACAACAGCAGCCUGAUGUUCCCCAUCCUCGUCGCCUUCGGGGUGUUCAUCCCCACGCUGUUCUGCCUGUGCCGCCUGUGAGGAGGGGCGCACUGCGCUGCACACGGGACACGAGCUGGGCCGGGCGGCGUCUGAGUGCCUGGGGCGCCCGCCCCCCCCGAGAGAGAGAGAGAGAGAGAGUGUGUGAGUGAGUGAGAGCUGCUCUGCGGACCGAAACGGCAUCAGGGAGCCCCCAGUUUGCGGGAGCCCCAAGAUCCGUGCAGCGCGGCCUGGCCAGCAGGGGGCACUGGCGCCUCUACUGCAGCAGCACAGACGGACAGACGGACAGACUGCUUUCCCACAAGUGACACGCAUGCACACGGCACGCACAUGCCUCCGCAGCACGAUUCUGAAACCUCAUUGGCUGAGGCUGCAGGAAGUAGGUGGGCCUGUCCUGCCUGGAGGCGGCGUCUGAUUGGCUGCCCCGCCGGCCUGUAAUGAGCGUCAUGGCCUCGCCCCCUGCAGGGGUGCCGGGACUGGCGAGCCCGGCCUCGUUAGGGGUGGGGCUCGUGCUGGUGGGUGGCGGGGCCUGAGACAGAGGGGAGCUGCUCUUUCUGUCUUGUCUUGGUCCUGCUCUUCGCCUCGGCCUGCUGGGUUACUGGCGCUGGGCUGGCAGCUGCUGGUGACGGGCAUGGAGACACUGCCCGGAUCACUGCACAGAGCGACUAGCACUGACCCUGCUGCCCCUUUCUGUUUACCGUCCAGCCUGCACCCCUUUAACUAAGAGCGCCCUUCUGCCUGUGGCGCGGGCUCGGGGUUCCCGGUCAGACACACAGGGCGGCCUGGUGGGGCUGUGGGCAGUGACCAGUGCAGCUGUCUCCUCCCCACAAGGAGAUGGGGGGGGUCACCUGUGUGAGGAGGGGGCUAUGUCCCCACAGCCCUCCCCACCCCUCCCGCCUGAUCGAGACCGGCAGCUUGGUUCUGUACCGCCGGACUCAUGGAGGCGAGCAGCGAACAGCGUGUUGUCUGUCUGUCUGUCUGUCAGCGUGUCUCUGUCUGUCCGCGUGACGCAGCCCUGGAGGACCGAGUGCUGCCCAUCUCGCUGCAGGACGGCCCCUCGCCCUGCUGUCCUGGCUGCAGGCUGGCCCGGCCUGUAGCCCUUCGAGCCUUUGCCGCAUGAUUCCCCUGCGGUCGUUCCCGGGGCCCAGCUCAGGCCCCUGGGGUGGGUGCGGUUUUAUGUGAGCGUGAGGCAGAUGUGGCUCGGCAGAGAGAGAGGCUCAGGCGUUGAUAGAAUUGUUCUUCACAACCGCAGGGCUGGCUGCUUCUCGCCUCCCCCCGCAGUGAGUCCCAGUGGAAGAGCUGGUUUGGGGGGGGGCAGCUCUGGCCUUUCGGGGGAGACGCCGUGUGACCCCGGAGGCGUCUGCAGCGAGAGGCGGACACCCUGGUCCUCCACUCCUGGGCGAAGGGGAAAUAAAACAGCUGUUUUAAAAUCCGUAACGAGCACCUUUUUAAGUCACUUUUGAGACUUUUAAAACGACGCCAAAGUUGGAAUAUUCGUUCGUGUUCGCAGUUUCGAUGGCGGAGGGCUUGUGGGAAUUUUUACUGACGGUACAGAUCACCUGGUUGUACAGAUCCCUGUGCCAAGGUUUUUAAAUGUAUUUCAGUUUGAGGCCUUUCCUGUUACUUUUGUGCAUUAAUUUACAAUAGGAAACCUUUCUGUCAGAGAGUCCUGCACUCCUGAUGGAACUGCCUUGACAGGAGAGAGACGGGCCAGUCUGACUGACCCCCACACUGACCAGGGUGUACUCUGAUGGACACUGACCAGAAGGCACUGACUGACCAACACUGACUCUCCCUCUCUAGAGUGCACACCCUGAUGGACACUGACUGACUCACUGGCCCGCGGACACUCUGACUGACUGUCUGACAGGGGGAGCAGGAGGGGGGUUGGUUAGAACAGUUUGGGUUUUCUUGGCUUAUUUUUCUGUUUUCUGAUGUUUAAUUUAAAAGGCAAGCGUGUAGCUUCUUGGUCUUUCUCUCAGGAUGCUGGAGGUGAGGGGGUGACUGUGUGCUGUCGGGUGGUUUACAGUUACUCCGGUUUUAUUUUGGUUGUUUUGAGUUUUACAUUUUAUCACUGUUUGUACAGAAAUUGUGUUUUUGACAUGAAUCCAUGUUGCCUUCGUGUUUUCAAUACAUGCAAGUGAGCUUCACCUCCA